AUGUACAAAAUCGGUCUCAUCCCUGGCGAUGGAAUCGGCCCCGAAGUGACGCGAGAAGCAAUGAAGGUCUUCGGGGCAGCAGCCGAACAAGCCGGAAUCCAAUACGAAACAGUCGAAUAUGAUGUCGGCGGCGACCGGUAUCUUGCAACCGGCGAAGUGUUGCCGGAUUCAGUUUUAGAAGAACUCCGAGGUUUAGACGCUAUCUACCUCGGCGCAAUCGGGCACCCCGAUGUCAAACCCGGUAUUUUAGAGAAAGGCAUUCUGCUCAAAGUCCGGUUUGAACUCGAUCUCUACAUCAACCUCCGCCCCGUCAAACUCUACCCCGGUGUCCCAACGCCCCUGAAAGACAAGGGACCUGAAGAAAUUGAUUUCAUCAUUGUUCGCGAGAAUACCGAAGGCUUAUACGCUGGCAUCGCAAACGUCCUCACCUACGCACACGAUCUGUGGCGCCGCGUCUUUGACGAGGUAGGGGAAGAUUACCCUGAUAUCAAGAAAGAAUAUGCCUUUGUCGAUGCGACAACAAUGUGGAUGGUGAAAAAUCCGGAGUGGUUCGAUGUCAUUGUGACAUGUAACAUGUUUGGAGACAUUAUCACCGACCUCGGUGCGAUGAUUCAGGGAGGCAUGGGGGUCGCCGCAUCCGGCAACCUGAACCCAGAAAGCGUCGCUAUGUUUGAACCGAUUCACGGCUCAGCACCACGUUACACCGGCAAAAAUCAGAUUAAUCCCAUCGCUGCGAUAGGCGCAGCUGGAAUGAUGCUCGACCACCUUGGGUAUGCAGAAGCGGCAACAAAAGUAGAGAAAUCUAUCAGUGACCUGCUCGCAAGCGGAAAAAUCAAGGAUCUGGGUGCCGGACGAAUGGGCUACACCACUGAGGAAGUAGGCGACCUUGUUGCAGAAGGGUUGUAA